ACGAAGUAGUAAAAAUGGCGCUCUAUUUGAUACACCGCACUGCUCGAUUAAAAAGUAUUGUUUCUCAUGCAAUACAAGUCCAACAAAAUUUCUCAUUGUCAUCGAAAAAUCAUCAGAAUUAUGACAUAUUUGCCUCAGUGUGUCUUCAAAGGCAACGUGUUCUUACGUCCGAGAAGACACCUCUAGAAAUAGAAUUUUCAAAUUUUUUGCAAGAUUUGGAAACAAAACAAAGUGUUUAUAACGAUCAUGAGUUAAGACAUUUUGAGGACUUACGAGUCGCUGAGCAGAGAAAAUUAGAUAUUGAUGCAGACGGUGACAUUAUUCGAGAAACUGCUCUAGAUUUAGAGGAUUCUUGGGAUACUGAAUACCAAAAUUUUAAACCUGCUCCCAGGACGACUGAAGAUGAUGAGAACAAAAACUUAAAGUCUCACAAUAGAGAACUAGAUUCGAAAUUAUUGCUGCUAACAAAAUCAAAAUUAGGUGAUGCUGAACGAUGGGUGUUGCCAAUGGGAAAAUGGAUUAAGGGAGAAAGUCUGAGACAAACAGCAGAAAGGAUUCUAGCCGAGCAAACUGGCUCUAGCUUAAAUGUUCAAUUUCUAGGAAAUGCUCCGUGUGGUUUCUACAAAUAUGAGUAUCCUUCUAAAGAACAGACCAUCGGCGCCAAAAUAUUCUUUUUCAAAGCUGAUUUAAAAGAUGGUCAAAUCACCAAAAAUAUAAACUUUCAGUGGAUAAAAAAGCAAGAUAUAAAACCUCUGUUACCUCCUAGAUACUUUAAAGUUGUUGAUCGCUUUGUUCUCGAUUUUUAA